CUUUUACGAGCUGUUCCGAGAGCGGGUUUGGUUCUGCUCCGCGCUCCGCAGCCUUUUCGAACAUAAUUUUGAUUGUUUCGUACACAGUCUAGGAGCCGAAAGGAUCGGCCAGAGAGCCCAAGCUGGGGUGGGGGUAUUCGGUUGUAGUUGUUCGAUGCAAGAGCUCGUUAUUUUUUUGUUGGGCAGACACGAAAUUUCGUCCAUGGACUCUGUGGACGUAACUACAAAUGGAUUCCGCAUGCAGCGGAUGGAGGAGGCCCGAAGCUGAAAUCCAAAACAUGACUAGGAAAUGCUAGUUACUUGCAAUGGUUCUUAUCAAGGCAAGAUGCCACUUCAAAAGGCAUCAGCGGUCGCGCCUUUUGCAGAUUUACUCAGUCUAGUUUUCGUCUGGCAAUUUCGCCCCGCUUUGCAUUUCUCACAGUCUGCAGAUCAAUAGUAGUAUUUGGAAUCUGGGGGAGUAUAGGGAGUAUAGCGCGGGGUGUGGUUUCCCUCUCCCUAUCCAGGAAUAUCAACCAUUGCUUUUCUUUCGGAGCAUUGAGAAAGGGCGCAAGCCUCCACUACUGGGGAAUCCUCUUUACCCCCAGCUGCGCACAUCAGAUUUAGCGAUGUUCAGGCAACAAGAUCGCUCUCAAAGUUCAUCCCAACCUGUUGCACCCGUGAGAUGCUUUUGCGCGCAGACUUUCUCCAGGAUUUGAUACCCCAACGAACCAACCACCAAGAAAUCCUGGGAGCCAUACACGGGUAACUCCGUUCCAAGGUUGCUUUUGCACUGAUCCUUCUGGAACUAUCAUUUCUGCAAUCCCUCCAUGUUGAGUAGCCGGUUGCUCGACGCAGUUUACGCAGCGUACAGAGUGCGUGUUACCUUUCGCAAGGUUAAAUCAUUGGCCCAUCAUACCCUGCAGUGCAGUGCCAAGCAGGCUUUUGAGAGCGUGGCUGGUUUUAGCUCAAGUGGAGAGGUUUUGAAGAAUACGCCCAAGUCAAACGACCCUAUAUCCCCAGCCGCAGAAUCCGAAAUCGGAGCAUCGGCAUUGCCGUCGGUAGAGUACAUACAUGCUUGGCUUCUACUCCGGCAACAUGUAGACGCAGCCGUCCUCCAUUUUGAUGAUAUCUACUUCUCAUUUUCACAUUUUUGUCAGUUUUCUGGCUAA